ACAUGCACACUGAGCCCAGUUAAACUGGUGAAAAUGACUUUUUCAACUUUUCUUCAAUUUUAAUUGGAUAAACAUUAUUCUAUUACACUCAGAAGUCGACUGGAUGUUCAAUAGUAUACAUUCAGUUACAAUUACAUGCAUAUUUGUAUGAUUUUCCAACAGAAAAGUGUCUUACUUGUGUACUGUACUAGUGUGUUUGGCUGUGUAUUACCUGUGGUCAGCUUUUCGGCUAUUAUCUAGUUCCAGACCAAUAAAAGUGUACAAUAUUAUUGCAUGUGUGGAUGCGUACUGACAUGCUCUAACAGACUCAAUAGUAUUUUUGUGAAUUUCUUUGCACACAAUUGAUGGAUAGUCGAUCAAGUGUUGCAGUGUACCGAGUUCGGCCGGGUAUGGGAGUGUUUGAACGACUUUUUCAAUAGAAAAUCACUAAUAAUUACCAUAUAAACCUAUUCAGUUGUCUAGAGAAUAGUGUGAGCAAUCCAACAAUACGAUUUGCAGCUUUGUAGCACGAGCGAUUGCAAAGUUAUAAGCAAAAGAGUGCCGGCCAACAAGCACGAAUUUCUGCUGAACUAUCACAAUUUUGGCUUGCCACCGCUGCAGCUUCCAUAUCGGUCCGUACAAGUCUAUAUAGGUCGGUUGUUUUCAAUGAAUCUCGAAGCUAUUGAAAGCAAGUUAGCAUCAGCAGCAGCGAUACCACUACUGUCUACUCUACUACUCAACAACAAGAUGUCAGCCGAGACAGCAACCAGUCCAGCGGCAACGGUCCCAGCCGCGUCCACACCGGCCAAGGCGAAGAAGGCGGCCGCAUCGAAAGCAGCAGCCAGCUCCAAGAAGCCGCGUGCCAAGCCAGCACACCCGCCAACCGGCGAAAUGGUGAACGCUGCUAUUGCCGGACUCAAGGAGCGUGGUGGCUCGUCACUGCAGGCGAUCAAGAAGUACAUUGCUGCCAACUACAAGGCCGACGCAGAGAAGCUGGCGCCGUUCAUCAAGAAGUACCUGAAGACAGCCGUCGCAUCGGGAGCUCUCACCCAGCCGAAAGGCAAGGGUGCCGCCGGCUCGUUCAAGAUCUCGGUGAAGGAAGCAGCCAAGGGUGCUGCCCCGAAGCCGGCUAGUGCCAAGCCGAAGUCAGCUCAGCCAAAGAAGAAGAAGCCCACUGCUGCCGGAGCAAAGCCGAAGAAGGCCGUUGCCUCGGCUACAAAGAGCAAGGCAACGUCUGCUGCCGCCGGUGAGAAGAAGAAGGCCGCAGCUAGCAAGCCAGCCGCCGCGAAGAAGAGCAGUGCUGCUGCUUCGGCAGCCAAGUCCAAGUCUCCUAAGGCGAAAAAGGUCACCAAGCCGCCUACCAAGAAGCCCAAGUCGCCGAAGCCGAAGAAGGCAGCCGUCGCCAAGAAACCAAAGAAGGCUACUGUCACUAAGAAGAAGUAAAUUCUUCUACGGACCUACCACACACCAGCCAGCCGAGGGGCCUGCCGCUGUCGUCGCAAGCACUUCACAUAAAAACGGCUCUUUUCAGGGCCUCCA